AUGUUAUUCACUAAACUCUCUCGUUUGUAUGAAUUACUACCAUAUUUUUUGUUGUUGUUGAAAAUAAUAGGUACCAAACAAUAUACUUGUCCAAUUGAUUUAUGGUCAGUUGGUUGUAUUUUCGCUGAAUUCUUACUACAACGACCAUUAUUCCCUGGGAAAGGUGAAGUGGAUGAAUUAAAUAUUAUUUUUCGAGAUUUGGGCACACCAACAGAACGUAUAUGGCCAGGUGUAUCUCAGUUGCCUGGAAUUAAAAAAUGUGUUUUUACUGAAUAUCCGUAUAAUCAAUUAAGACGAAGGUUUACUGAAAAACAAAUAUCUGAUCAAGGCUUUGAUUUACUGAAUAGCUUCCUUACAUAUUGUCCAGAUAAACGGAUUACCGCAGAAAAAGCACUUGUUCAUCCAUACUUCAACGAACGUCCUCGUGCUAUCCAUCCAUCAAUGUUUCCAAGUUGGCCAGCAAAGUCUGAAGGUGGUGUUGCAGUGAAAAGAGCAUCACCUAGAGCACCUGCUGGCGGUGGUGCUUUGGCAGCGGCUGCGGCUGCUGUUGCUGCUGCCGCAGCAGCAGCGGCAUCAUCAUUAGCCACAACAAGUGGUAGUCGUGUAAGGUAUCAGCCUCCGGCGCCUCCUAUGGGAGGUCAACGGUUUUAUAGCAAUAUGUCUGAUUCACGUCCAGGUACAGCAAAUCAAGGAUCAGGUGAUGCUUUUACUACUAGUGGUGUAGAUAAAGGAUUCUUACUGCGUUUUUGAACUGUUUCUGUUGUUAGAAGUUCACAUAUCCUCUCUUUCCCCUCCCUCGCGUUCUCUAUAUCUCUCUUAGAUCC